AUGAUUGAUUUGAUCGACUUUAACCUGAGUUUAAAUUAUACCGGGGAUUAUUCAAAGACCUUGAUCAUCGCAUUCAUUUCAAGGGUGACCACUGGUUCCGAUCUGUGGAUUGUGAUGGAGUACUGCGGCGGGGCCGAUUUUGGAGUUGCGGGUCAACUGACGGACACAAUGGCCAAACGAAAUACAGUAAUCGGAACGCCGUUCUGGAUGGCGCCCGAAGUUAUACAGGAAAUUGGUUACGAC